AUGAAAUUGUCUAAUUUUUUAAUAUUUAUAAUUAAUUUUGUAACAUAUUGGAGAGGAAAUGGAAUAAAUACAUAUUUUGGAGAAAUUGUAGGACAGAACAUUACAGUUUUAGAUGAAGAAAUAACCGAAUAUUUAGGAAUCCCAUAUGCACAACAACCAACCCAUUUUUGGAGAUUCCAACCGCCACAUGAAUUAGAAAAAAAUCGUUUUAAUGUAACGUAUAAUGCAGUUCAUAAAGGUGAAGGAUGUCCACAAAAUAUUAGAGUUAUGGGUUUUGAAGGAUAUGAUGCAUCAAAUCCAAAAAAUGGAACUGAUGAAAGCUGUCUUAAUUUAAAUAUGUGGGUUCCAAAUAAUGAAGAAAAAAUGCCAGUUAUAGUUUUUUUCCAUGGUGGAAGUUGGACAGUAAGAACUGGUAGUGCUGAUAAAUUUAAUGGAUCUGUUCUUGCUUUAAAAACAAAAUCAAUAGUUGUAGUACCUAACUUUAGACUUGGAUUUUUUGGUUUUGCUUAUUUAAGUGGUGAAGAUGGAAUACCUGGCAACAUGGGAUUAUUAGAUCAACAAAUGGUGUUAAGAUGGAUUAAUAGAACUAUUGAAAAUUUUAAUGGUGAUAAAAAUGAAGUAACUAUUUUUGGAACAAGUUCUGGAGCGUCUUCAGUAGCAGCUCAUUUAUUUUCAAACAAUAGUAAACCACUUUUCAAAAGAGGAAUAAUGAGUUCUGGUACUAUAACACAUUUUAUGAGUACAGUUUCAACCAAAAUAGCUGAAGCAAAUACUAAAACUGUUUCAAAAAAAGUAGGAUGUAUUAAAGAAGAAAGUGGAGAGACUUUAAACAACAAAGAAGUUUUGGAAUGUUUACGUAAUAAAACUGUAGAAGAUUUGCUAAAGGCUACUAUAAAUGUUAGUGCUCCAGGUCAAAUGCCAACUCCAUUUCCUUUUAUGCCUAUUGAUAACGAUACAGUAUUUUUCAACGGAAGUAUCAAAGAUAUUUUUAAAAAUCAAUUGUUUAAUAAAGAAGUUGAUUUAAUGCUUGGAAGAACAGCAGAUGAAGCAACAUUUUUUAUGGCAACUGGCUUUACAAAUAAUAGCA